AUGCUAGAAGAUCCUGACUAUAUUUUCAAAAUUGUAUUAAUAGGAAACGCAGGCUGCGGAAAGAGUUCUUUAUUGUUCAGAUUUUGCGAUAAUACUUUUUCAGAUAAUUAUCUUUCUACAAUCGGUGUUGAUUUCAAAAUUAAAACAGUAACAGUAGAUGACAAGCUAGUGAAACUCCAAAUAUACGAUACUGGUGGUCAAGAACGCUUUAGAACAAUUACUUCAAAUUAUUAUCAUGCGGCCGAUGGAAUAAUUAUCGUUUAUGAUAUCUCAGAUCGUGAAUCAUUUGAUGCAAUACCUCAAUGGGUCAAAGAUGUACAGUCAUUAUCCAACCCAGAAAGUUAUAAAAUUUUAAUAGGAAACAAAUCCGAUUUAGAAAGCGCAAGAGCAGUUAAAAAGGAUGAAGCAGCAAAUGUUGCAGAAUCACUCGGUAUGCCAUUCAUGGAAACUUCAGCAAAAUUUAAUUCAAAUGUUAAUGAGAUGUUUAUUGAAAUGGCCAAAGCAAUCAAGCAAACGAAGGACAAUAUAGUAAGUUCAGAAGAAAUACACACAACAAAUCUGAAAGGUCGCCCAAUUGGUGAAGCUUCUUGUUGGUGUUAA